AUGGCUGCGCCUAUGGUACAGGCUGGCCUAUCCACUUUCCUGUGCAUGCUACCCCUAAUUUUUGUGCCCACAUACGCAAUUCACGCCUUUGCAAAGACGAUCUUCAUCGUUGUUGGCAUUGGUCUUAUACAUGGACUAUUUGUCUUGCCUGUGCUGCUCUCGCUUUCAGUACGUUCAGCACCACCACCAUCGCCACUACCGCUCAAAUCAGAACAUCUCAUCGAACAAGAAUUCGAACAGCAAUAG